AUGGCUGCCACAGAGAAUUGCUUUCCACCUGCAACAAUGGAGGAAAAUACAGAUAUUUGUUAUUGUUUUUGGGCGUUUGGGGGAGAAUCGGAGACUACAAGUACAAGCCUACCAUCGCAAACUCAAUAUACUGACUCUAUCUUUGCCAGAGAUAAGUCUGACAUCAGAAGUAGCACUCUUAUUCUCACAAAGCAGAAACCUAAACCUAGAAAGAUUGAAAUCAAGAAAAUAGAGAAUUCAGGCUCCCUAUAUGUCACGUUUUCGAGGCGGAAAGUUGGACUUUUCAGGAAGGCCUCCGCGCUCAGUGCUCUGUAUGGCGCUGAGGUAGCCGUCAUUAUCUUCUCGCCGCAUGGCAAGACGUAUGUCUUCGGCCACCCUUCGGUGGAUUCUGUCCUCUCUCGCCUUGAAAGUACAAACACUCCCUUACAUGGCCGCCAACAAAAUGUGUCUAUGCAUGCAAGGGUCAAGAAUGAGAACGACGUAAAAAGUAGUAUAGUCGAGUUCAAUUCAGUACAGUCUAGCACGAUGUACCAAACGAGACUUGGAAUAGUCACGGAGGAGAUGGAAGUGGACGAGGUGAAUGUUGACAUGGGAGGUGGCAGGUUCUGGUGGGACCAGCCAAUUCACAAUAUGAAUUUGCAGAAACUGAAGCUGUUCAAGAGUUCAUUGGAAGAGUUGAAAGACAAAGUUUGUGCACGUUAUGAUGAUUUGUCAAUGCGUGAACUAGCUUUGACGGAUUAUUUGGGUGUACAUUGA